AUGGCGUUGGAAUUAACUCCCGAUUUAUUUAAUCUUAUACGUUUUCCGAAUCGUGACGAACAAAACUUAAAUGAAUUGGCGAAAAGCCUUCCUCGUGGAGCAAAUAUGUCGAAAAUCGAAAACAAAUUAUUGAUGGGUCGAUUAUUUCGAGUUCCAGUAAUAAGGAAGACGUAUAUAGAAAUCGCAAAAGAAAUACGUGAUAAACGUUGA